UCAUGCUUUGAGGAAACUGAUUCCAGCAGCAGAAAAUAAAGAGAAGUAAAUGGAACAUAAUCAUAUAUACAACAGUUCUCUCUUGUCUCACAAGUAUGGCUGUGGCUUGGGAUUUGUACCAAUUAUAUACUACAGCUUCCUGCUUUGUUUGGGAUUACCAGCUAACAUCUUGACGGUGAUUAUCCUGUCCCAACUGGUGGCCCGAAGGCAGAAAUCAUCCUACAACUAUCUACUGGCAUUAGCAGCAGCUGAUAUUAUGGUCCUUUUCUUCAUUGUGUUUGUUGACUUCUUGUUAGAGGACUUUAUCAUUAACAAACAGAUGCCUCAAAUAUUGGAUAAAGCCAUUGAGGUGCUGGAAUUUUCUUCCAUUCAUACUUCUAUUUGGAUUACUGUCCCGUUGACAAUUGAUAGAUACAUAGCUGUGUGCCACCCUUUGAAAUAUCAUACAGUUUCUUUCCCAGCCCGUACACGGAAGGUUAUUGUAAGUGUAUACAUCACCUGUUUUUUCACUAGUAUUCCAUACUACUGGUGGCCAAAUCUUUGGACUGAGGAUUACACAAGCACAUCAGUCCAUCAUAUACUAAUCUGGAUCCAUUGUUUUACCGUUUACCUGGUCCCAUGUUCCAUAUUCUUUGUGCUAAACUCAAUUAUUGUGUACAAGCUACGGCGGAAAAGCAGUUUCAGGUUAAGAGGAUAUUCAACAGGAAAAACAACCGCCAUUUUGUUUACAAUAACAUCUAUCUUUGCUAUUCUUUGGGCACCAAGAAUAAUUAUGAUACUUUAUCAUCUCUAUGUAUCCCCCAUAGAUAACAGCUGGCUCGUUCACAUUAUAACAGACAUUGCCAAUAUGUUAGCUUUGUUAAACACUGCAAUUAAUUUUUUCCUUUAUUGUUUUAUUAGUAAAAGGUUUCGCACUAUGGCUGCUGGGACACUGAAGGCGUUUUUUAAGUGCCAGAAACAACCUGUCCAGUUUUACACAAAUUAUAACUUUUCUAUAACCAGUAGUCCUUGGAUUUCUCCAGCUAAUUCUCAUUGUAUUAAAAUGUUUGUUUACCAGUAUGAUAAGAAUGGGAAGCCAAUCAAAAUCUCAACAUGA